AUGGCGCCCUCGACCGCAGCCCACCCGGAGAAGCCGCUCCCAGCCGCCCCGGACGCCAUGGUGCGCCAGGGUUGCCCGGCGACGAAGGUGGGCGUGUUUCUACUGGCAGCUGCAAUUUUUGGCGGUCCAAAGGGCUGGAGCUUUGCCGAAGUCUCGGAUGAGAGGAUACCACUGGCAGAUUUGAAGGUUGGAGAAGAGAUGGAUGCCCGAAUUAAGAAACCCUGGAGAAUGUUCGGCUGGUUUGUAGACAUUGGAGCGACCAAAGAUGCGUUUAUGGAGUUCGAAGAAGGCUGUGAUGGCUUCCCAGUAGAUGGAAUCAACACGUGGCGCAAAGGAGCCUCGUUAACUGUGCGAAUACUCGAUUUGGACGUCGAUCGGAUUUAUCUCACCACUCGGACUGGGCCCCUGGAGCGUCCGCCGCGCUUUCGCCGGGCGCCAACGGCCGAGGAUGUCGAAUCCUAUGGCAACAUGGAUGCCAACGAAAUCAUUGACACCAGCGUUUGCGGAAUGAGUCCAGGAGGCAUUUGGCUUCGCGUUCCAUCGCGCAAUGCUGGUGAGGAUUUCCGUACACUGCUGCGACUAGAGGAUUGCGAGGAAUCCGUGAAAGAGUCCGCUCGCCUUGGAAUGACGGUGCCUGUGAGUGUCACGGGCAUUGACCGGGAGAAGAAGCGUGUGCUUGUGACCAUGAUGACUGCUAAAAGAUAGAUCAAAUUACUUUACAAAAAA